AUGGUGCUCGGUCUCGGAAAAUCUAGCAAGAAGAAGCAGGCCAAGGAGCAGCAGUCGCUGGCGGCUGCUGCUGGGCCCUCGACCCCUUCGUUCCCACAAGUGGGCGACCGCAAUUCCUCCCGCCCAGCUGUCGGCGAUGGCUCCAACGGCGUACCAUCAGCACCCGUCUCGUACAAGUAUGGCAACAGCAUCUCCAAGUCUGUCGUUGACCUGGCAGGGCUGCCCAUCAACGUCUUCGGUCUAUCGCAGCUCACACCCGCACCUUCUCGCGCAAGCGCGCCUCCUCCGCCGCCCGUCUGCGUUGUCAUCCACUUACACGGCCGAGGUGGCACGGCAGACAAGGAGGAAAAGAUCGCGCGCCAGCUGUAUGACCGCAUCGCGCGAGACAAGGACAGAUACCGCGCUCAACAAGAGGAGGGCAUGGUCGCCACCUCGUCUAUACAGCGCGACCACAUUGUGGUCACUUUUGACGCGCGCAACCACGGUCACCGCACUACCAAUCUCGAGGGCCAAAAGGCAUGGAAGCAGGGCAAUACGCAACAUGCUAUGGACUUGUAUGGAAUGAUCGUCGGCGGCGCACGCGAUGCCUCCUUCGUGGUCGACUUUCUCUCUUCUUACCUCUUCCCGCACGACGAACGCACGGUGGCCGAAUGGGUCGUCACAGGCAAGUCGCUUGGAGGUCACUCGGCCUGGCAUGUGCUUGCAAACGAGCCCCGCAUCAGCAUCGGCGUCCCAUUCAUCGGCAUGCCCGACUACUCGCGUCUGCUCGCUUCACGCACACGCACCUCGUUUGUUGCCAACGCGCCUCCCUACGUGCCAGCCAGCCUCAAGACUCUGGUUGACAAGAUCGAUCCAGCCCAGACACCGUACGACAGUUUCGACGCGCGUCGCAAUCCCUUUUGGGGAAAGAAGAUCUGCGUGCUCAGUGGCGCCAACGAUAAGCUGGUGCUGUGGGACUGGAACGAGGACUUCCUCAAGGCACUCGUUGUCGGCGAACCGUCAGGCCCCAAGGGCGAGAUGCCGGGGCUCAAGAUCCAUCGUCGACCCGGCGUUGGCCAUGAAGUGACCGAAGAGAUGGUGGAAGAGGCAGGCGAAUGGAUCUGGCGGUGGGGCAUCGUGGCGCCCGCAUGA